CUUCCCGCUACAUAGUCGGCCAUUACUGUUGCAGUCACCUUACAGUGAGCUUGAACGCAAUUGCCAAUUUUGCUGCCCGCUGAUUUGUCCGUUGAUUCGCACGCACUCCGCCGACUUGCAAAUUCGUUCGCGGCGAGUACGACGCGUUGGUAAAUCAUUUUGCCGUCAAACAGCACAAAUAGUCAAAACAUCAGAAUGACGGAAGACUACUUCUGGGGUGUCACUUUAGAUAAAACUAAGAAUGUUGAAGUGUGGGACCCCGAUGUAAAACCAGAUGCAAAUGACAGUUCUCAUGUAUUUAGAGGCGAACACACCUUACUUGUAAAACAAGCUGUCCUUGGACCUGAAGUAUCUGAUGGUGAUGUUAAUGUAAUUGAAGUCGAAGCGAUGGGAUACAAAUCAGAUAUAAAAUUCCCAGUUGUUGUUUUAAAAGGAGGUUCAGGUCUCAGUCAAUGUGUACUCGAUUUAUUGUUUCCAGAUCCACCAGUAACAUUUAAACUUGUUAAGGGCAAUGGACCAAUUCAUUUAUUAGGAAACCAUUCUGUCGGAAUAGCUGGCGAAGGAAUGGCUGAUGAAGAAGAUGAUGAUGAAAUUGACGAAGAAUUUGAAGAAGAAGAAGAAGACGUUAUUGAAGAAGUUACUGAAAAAAAUAGUGUUGAUGAAAAGAAGCGAAAACUAGCUGCGAAUUCAAACUCAAAAGGCAAGGCGGCCAAAAGGCCUAAAGUUGACAACGAAUCUAAUUAACACUCAACAUCUAGUUUGGAUGUUCCUGGAUUUGAAAUUCCAUUGAAACAAGAGACACUGUCCUCUGGUGUUAAUUUAUUUAACAAUUAAGUUUUAUAAUUUCAAAUUGUUUUUUUUUUUGUUUUCUGACCUUAUUCUUGUAAUAGAUGUUUUAAAUUUAAUUUUAAGGUCCUAUUUGUCACCGACGAAAUGCGUCAAAAUAUUAUAAAGUAACAUAGUUGUUUAAUAUCAGAUACAUUUUUUUUUUAUAAUUUAAGUCACUUUAUACAAUAAAAAUACAAUGUCUUGUUUUACAUGCAUUUUUUACCGUCGGAA